AUGCAGCGACAAAAAAUUAGACGCCACAGAGCUAUUAAAUCUUGCCGCUACUGUUAUGUGCACAAGCUGAAAUGUAACAAGGCAUUACCUUGUUACACUUGUUCAACUAUGAAUACUACGUCAGAAUGCAUAUAUGGAUUCAACAAAAAUGACAACAACUCUGAAGAAAUAAAAGCAGAUAAUAAAUCAAAUGAAAAAUCUUCUAGGCCUCUGACCACCCGUGGAAUUGAUAAGACACCCAAAGGUACAUUAGUUUACAGGUCGAAGUAUUUUUAUCCGUUUUUUGCCAAUUCGAUCAAUGAUAGAGUUCUUAGCUCUCAUGCAUAUGGUCUUCUUUCACCAUCCCAAAAAUUUAAAAGGAAUGAAAUUACUAAAUUCAACAGAUUUACAAAUCCACUUGAUAGUAUCGAAGAUGCGUUAGCUCUUUUACCGCCUUCAAGGGAAACUGCAUUGAGUCAAGUGGAGACUUAUUUCGAUUCAGUCCAUCCUAUAAUCCCCAUACUGAGCAAAUCAAAAAUUAUGAAUGCCUUGCAGACAAUAAAAAAUACUGACAACGACCAAGAAAACAUUAAUGUGCCCAAUUUACUGUUAAUCAUGGCACUAUUCUUUUGUUCUUCGUACGCGGCAGUAGCAUCAGGUGUGAUUCCCGACUUAUUAUUAUGCAACAAAUAUUAUGCUGGUUACAGGCUUCUUUUAGAAAUUUCCGAGUUCCCCCUACGUCCUCAAUUAGAGUCCUUGAAAGCAUUCACUAUCGUUAAUUUUGUUAUCGACCCAAAUAUGGUUGACGCUACGGCCUAUUCAAGUAUGCUAGUUCGAAUGGGACAACAGUUAGGAUUGCACAAGAUGGAGGAUAUUCAAUCGAAGUUACUAUGGGGUUACCUUUUAUACAUAGAGGGUUCAGCAUCGGUUGUUAGUGGAUUCCCAUAUUUCACUCCGGGAAAUUUGGCAACCGAAACUAUAUCACCUACUCCUGAAUCAAAGGACCAGAAUGGAUUAUCCGCGGCAUACACCAUAGGGAGAUGGAAAGUAAAUGCAGUUUUUAGAAAUGUGAUGGAUCUAAGUGGACGACAAACCAUUUCAGAGUCUGAUUUCCUAUCGACUAAGAAGCAAAUCGAGAAACUGUACGAUGAGAUCUUAGAGAUCAACGACAUUUUACGGAUUGAAUUCCCUACUUACUUCACUUAUUUGACAAGUACCCUCCUAGUAUUUCUUUAUCGCUUGCAUCUCAGACAUACGGCACUCUCAUAUUGGCAGUCCCGAAAGGACAAGCUUUUACAAAAGACAGACAAUCAGGUGAACUCAGCUCAACCGAUAGACAUAACAAGCUCCCUUACAACCCGUCACAUUUAUGGUGAUGAUGUGGUUCACCUAUCAUUAUUAUUACUAUUCCAUACUUACGAAAGAUUGGUACAGGAGAAUACCGCUAAGUUCGUAUGGUAUACACGGGGGUCAACAGUCAUGCAAUAUCUGUUUGUGGUCAUCAAAGAUCUUUAUCAAAAUGAAUUGAAGCCAUGUGAGCUAAACAGUUUUUCAGAGCCGCUGAAGAAGACAGUGAAUACCGAUAUUGAAGAAAUUUUGAAAAGAGACGACGUCUUUUUCAAAUUCGUUCUUAUUGAUCAUGUCAUUGGUUUAUUAGAAUUGAAACUAGCGGCCCUAUGGAAUGACGAAGAUCUAUACAAAUUCAUUCUGGUUAAAGCCAUAAAGGAAAAGGUAUGGCAGGUCUUUAGAACUCAGUUGGGACACAAUAAAAACAGAAUAGAAGAAGUAUCAAAGUGCAAACUGUUUGUAAGUGGUGAAAAACAUCUACAAAAUCUCAAAAGUAUUAAUUUUGAAGAUUAUAUAGACAAUUGGGAAUCCGAUAUCGUCCUCCUUGAGAUGAAUAAAAUUUUGGUAAAUUGGAUUGACGAUUUACAAGGUUAA